GACGGGUAACAGACUUCACAUACUUUAACCAAAGAAUGCAAAAUAUUUUACCGAAAGUGGCCAUAAUGCCAGAUGUGAAGGAAAAGACAAAAGUGUCGCCUGCUAAAAAACAAGGACCCACAUCUACAGAGAAAACCUACACAGUGAAAAAGAAAAGGAAACAGUGGAUGAAAGAGAAGUUUAAGAACAUAAAGCCACAACCCAAGAAACAAGAGAAAGCUAAAGUUCAGCAGGCAGUACCUCCAAAAGACGGCCUGCAGUUCUCUGCUAACUGGAAGACAUUACAAGAGAUGUUAAAGGCAAGUCAACCAGAGAAGAAGCAGCCUAUUGCACCAAAACCUCUGAAUGGUGCUCUGCAAGAAAAGGAGGCUAAAGAAAAAAAAUCUAAAAAUAUGUCCAAGAACAAUGUCUGUCCAGGGCAGACGGACACCGGGAAAAAGGUGAAGCACAAAACUUCUCCUAAAAGUGUUGUCCCCAAGGACGCUCCGGUGAACUCAAAGGUUCCCGCUGUCUCGGAGACAAAACCGUCUGCGGCUCUAAAAAGGAAAAAGGACAGUGGAAAAUCAAACGACGAGCAGGCAGCCAAGAAGAAGAAGAAGAAGGAGGAGAAGAAGAAGGAGAAGCCUGUGGAUGAAGAGAAGAAACCUACAGAAAAGGACCUCUGGUUUGACGAUGUAGACCCUGAUGACAUUGAGGCUACAGUGGGAGCUGAGGCUGCAGAGAUCAUGAGGAAGAAGCAGGGCAUUCACAAGAACAAGGACACGGAGAGCUCACUGGUCAAGGAGAAAGCUUUUGAGGGCCUCACCAGAGCCGUGGCCAUUGAUUGCGAGAUGGUGGGAGUCGGUCCUGAUGGAGAGGACAGCAUCUUGGCUCGUGUGUCCCUCGUGAACCAGUUUGGGAAAUGCAUAUAUGACAAAUAUGUGAAACCCACAGAGAAGGUGACCGACUACAGGACAGCUGUCAGUGGCAUCCGACCAGAGGACAUCAUAGAGGGAGAGGAUGUGCAGACUGUGCAGAGGGAGGUUGCUGAGAUCCUGCAAGGCAGAAUAGUGGUUGGACACGCCAUACACAACGACUUAAAGAUUUUACUCCUGGAUCAUCCAAAAAAGAAAAUCCGGGACACGCAGAAGUACAAACCUUUUAAGAAGUCUGUAAAGAGCGGUCGACCCUCGCUGAAACUCCUCUGCAGAGAAAUACUCAACGUUAAGGUCCAACAGGGUGAACAUUCAUCCGUCCAAGACGCACAGGCCACCAUGAGGCUCUACACAAUGGUGAAGAAGCAGUGGGAAGCAGAGAUUAAAGCCAGUCAUAACAACAGAGACUCAGCGCAGAAGAGGGAGAGAAAGCCAAAGUCUUCCAAGAACAGGGGCAAGAACCUCAGGGGAUUAUGAAUUCAUAAUCAAUCUGCAAGAGGACACCUCUGCACCAGAGCAGACUUGACUAAAAAGAACAGAGAUUUCGAAACAUGACCAUAAAAAUCUGAUUUUUAACAGGUGGCCCCUCAGACAGGACAUUUCAGGGUGUGAAGGACUUGAUUGUUUUUGCCAAGACUUGCACUAAAGCGGGAGUGUUCUGCCCGAGCUUCCCAGGCUGUAACUCACACAGGGAUUUAAACAGCUGAGAGUUCACGGUGCGUUUAGUUACACUGAUCUUUUCACAUUCAAAUAUUCCCAUCAUUUCCCGGCAUUCGGAGAAAGAUGUUGAAAUCAUCCACUUUCAUCUCCGGAGUUCUCAUGAGAAUCAACAUCAUUUAGCCCACCAGCAGACCACCUGUUGUUUUUGUAAAUGGCCAAAAGGAACAUUUUGUUUCAAAACGAAGCGCAUCACUUGUAUGGAAAUGACAGGUUUUUCCAAUAUGGCGCAACACUAGCUUGUUGACAUGAUGGAGAUGCUGGUUUACAGCAGUAAUGUUUGCUGUACUUAUUGACUCCCUCAUUGAAAGUCCAAAGUUGAGACCCGUAUCGUCAUCUUUUCUGUUUUUCCUCCAGAUGAGUUCUCAGAUACAUUUGUAUUUUGGUUUUGAUCUCCAGAUAAACAUGUUUAUCGCUUC